GGAAGCGAGACCGCCGGCAUUUCACCUGAAACGACAUAAAUGACCUUAAUUUUAAGAAAUACUCGUUUAAAUGCUCUUAAUGUGGUUAAUUUUUCAUAGAAAAGGCUGACAAAUGAUGGCUGAUGCAAUAUCGCUUAUGAGCAGCACCAUGUCCACCAGUAAUCUGCCACCCCUGCGAAACCUGCCCAACUGGUCCAGGGUUCGAGAUCUGGACAGGGUUAGGUAUCCCAGACUUCUUUCUAGUGACUAUAUGGUCAGAUCUCCACCUGUGGACAUCAGGAGCCCUAACGCAGUGCCUCAGCCCAGGACAGAUGCACGCGACACGCGCAUCACCUCUUUGGAGAAAGAUAUUCUGUUCCUCCAACAACAGCAUACAGACACACUGAGGAGACUACAUGCAGAAAUGGAAGACCUGAAGCGUAUUAAUAAAGAAUUACAGUAUCAGAUGGUUAUGGAACAUGAACAAUCUCCAAAAGAGUCGAGUCAUCCCUCAAAAUCCUGCGGUGAUGGUUCAGCCGAGAAGAAUUUCAGCUCAGAGGCGGGAAGAGGAGGCGCAGUCACAUCACUUCUACCUCUCAGGAUCACCUGCAGUCUGUCCCAGCAUCCCCGAACCCCCACGCUGAAGGAGUGUGAGGGCAUCAUCCGGCAGCUCUAUCACGCCAACACCUCGCAGUAUCAGGAGCUGCUGCGGAUCAAGACGCUCCUCGGGGACAUCGCCUCCAAAAACAAAUCAUCCGCUGAAGUUUUCUCUCUCGCACGAGCCUGCCUCUGUGAAAACAGCAGGGGUGAAGUUUUCGAGCAUUUGCCAAAACUACCUCUCAAACCACUGCCAAAGAAACAGCACCCGAGUCAAGCCGGUAAAGGAGAAACUGUGAUUCUACCGGCUAUCAAACGCAAUUCAGGCGGCACCAUGUCAGAGCGGCAGAGGAGAGCGCAGGACGUGCACAAAACACGCCUCCGAAGAACGGUGAACUCUUGACACCGCUGCUCCUGCUGAUGAGGAUGAUGAUUAAGUGGAACAUGACCUUUACGGCGAGGGUUACACCGUCCAACUUCUUUAAUUAAGCCAUCAUGUCAGGCUUUUUUUCCCUCAUGAAACUGCUCGAACGUAUUCAGUAUAGUGGUCUGUUUUUAUGUCAGUCUCUCUAGACGUUGAAGGAAAUAUGUAUUUUCCCUGACCACAGAGAUCUACACAUGAGGAACGAGUGAGCGUCUGCUGAUCAUGUUUGAUUCCCUAAGAAUCUUUCCAGAGACGCAGCCAAAUGUCAAAGUUGAGACGAGAGCUAAGCUGCCUGCCCUUCCAUCCAAAGGAAGGUCCGUAAAGUCAGCGACAGAAACAGGCUCAAUGUAGCUUAGCUUUUAAAUCAAAUUAAACUCUUUUACCUUGAUUGCAUGCGUGACAUUUCCUUGCUAAUAAGUCUCU